GGGGCUCUCCUGCCACGCCCUGUGACUCUGCAGUGUGCCUCAGUGCGGGAGAGUCACAGCCUUGAAAUGAUGCCCGUGAUGUUCUAUUCCUAUCUCAGACUCUGUUUGCUGCUGCCCUGAUAUCACAGUGAACUCGAGAUCCCAGAAGGGAAAAGUCCCUCAUCAGACAAAGCGCAUGUACAGGAUGAGGUAGUGGGAGGGAAGGGAACCUGAGGGGACUCCAGAAAUGGGGAAUGCCCAGACAGCUAGAAGGGACCGAAAAAUGACAGCCUGGCCUGGUUUGGCCCCACCUGCGGAGGACUUUGGCAGCACCCUGCCCAGGGGAGGCCUAAACGCCCCAUCUUUUUCCUUCCAGGCCUCUGCGCACUCUCAGGGCCGAGACAACACAGCAGCCCAGUCCCUCGAGGCUGCCCUUUGUUAGGCGUGGGCCAUAUGACUCUUUGCCGUUGCGCCAUUGACUUGACCAUCUGAAACAGAGCCCAAGCUCUCCGGGGGCAGAAAUAGGCAGCAGAUCACCUGGCAGAUGUGGGGUUGGCAGACCCUUUCAGUGCCCCCUGCUUGCCCCCUCCCUCACAGUCCGAUCUCUCAUCCUCAGUGUCUGCAUCCACGCAGUCAUAGUAGUGGCUCUUUUUUCUUCAUGACACCCACCUCAUAAGGGUCUGCAGAAGGCCUGGUACCUAGGGCCCUCCUUAGAGCAGCGUCCGUUCUGAGAGCAUGGUUUCAAAGAUUCGAGAAAGAUCUGGAAAGACCAGGUGCUAUGAAGCACCUACCUCCCCAGGACACAGCUUGGGCUACGGCUUUGUGAACUACGUGACCGCGAAGGAUGCGGAGAGAGCGAUCAACACGCUGAAUGGCCUGCGGCUCCAGUCCAAAACCAUUAAGGUGUCAUACGCACGCCCAAGCUCAGAGGUCAUCAAAGAUGCCAACUUGUACAUCAGUGGGCUCCCAAGGACCAUGACCCAGAAGGAUGUGGAGGACAUGUUCUCGAGGUUCGGGCGCAUCAUCAACUCCCGGGUCCUGGUGGAUCAGACCACAGGUUUGUCCAGAGGGGUUGCGUUUAUCCGGUUUGACAAACGGUCGGAAGCGGAAGAGGCAAUUACCAGUUUCAAUGGUCAUAAACCCCCAGGUUCCUCCGAGCCCAUUACAGUGAAGUUCGCAGCCAAUCCCAACCAGAACAAAAACGUGGCGCUGCUCUCCCAGCUGUACCACUCGCCUGCUAGACGGUUCGGAGGCCCCGUUCACCACCAGGCGCAGAGAUUCAGGUUCUCCCCUAUGGGUGUAGAUCACAUGAGUGGGCUUUCUGGUGUCAAUGUCCCAGGCAACGCUUCUUCGGGCUGGUGCAUCUUCAUCUACAACCUUGGUCAAGAUGCCGAUGAGGGAAUCCUCUGGCAGAUGUUUGGCCCCUUUGGCGCAGUUACCAAUGUGAAAGUGAUUCGCGAUUUCAACACCAACAAGUGCAAAGGCUUUGGUUUUGUGACCAUGACAAACUAUGAAGAAGCUGCGAUGGCCAUCGCAAGUCUGAAUGGCUACCGCCUGGGGGACAAAAUCUUGCAGGUUUCCUUCAAAACCAACAAGUCCCACAAAUAACUCGCUCAUGCUUUUUUGUACGGAAUAGAUAAUUAAGAGUGAAGAGGUGAACCCUUUUUGUUAGUGUACAACUCAUUUUGCGCCAAUUUUCACAAGUGUUUGUCUUAGUCUAAAUGAGAAGUGAAAAGGUUUUUAUACUCUGGGAUGCAACCGACAUGUUCAAAUGUUUGAAAUCCCACAAUGUUAGACCAAUUUUAAGUUUCUUAAGUUAUUUCCUUUAAAAUAUAUAUUAAACAGAAGUCUAAGUAGACUGCAUUGACUAACCAGUCCCUCGGGAUGGUGGUGAAUCUGAAGCAUGCUUUAACGUCUAAGACCGUCUAACACUCGUUUCAUGCGAUGUCGCCACAAGCUGGAUAAAAAAGAGAAAUUAUCUUUUAGUUUUAGUUUUUUAAACUAAAGCUCUUAGAUGCUGAGUGUGCGUUUCCUCAACCGCUUCAACAUUUUAAGCGAUUUACGCUUUGGUUGACAGGAAGUUGCUCUUCCGAGCAGGCCCCAUGGCCACCUCCUGCUCACUCAGCCCCGGGCUCUGCCGAGCGGCCCUGGCAGUGGCAGCAGCCCGCCCAGUGUGGGCUGCCACCUGGGAGGGGGGCCACGCCCGGGCCGGGCCCUCCAGAGAAGGACACAGAUGUGUUUCGUCAGCCCAGGCACCCCUUGGAACGGACCAAAGAGUUUCCAGGAAACUCCAGUAUAUUCCAGAGUCAGAUCUAAGCUCCAGGCCCACCUGAAGACGUGUCGCUCCGCCGACAUCCCAAAUUUCUGUCCACACGUUGCAUGCGCAGUGCCCCCACAUCGGAUACUGUUGUUCACAAUGAUUUCUCCCGUUCCCAAAAGCAUUUGACGUAGCUUGAAUGCCUACAAUAGCUCUAUUUUUUAAUAACACAUAAACAUUUGAGCAUUGUGUUUCUCGCAUCCCUUCUCGUGAGCGCUAGACUUUUUUCGAUUUUAGUCGGAUUUUGUUUUGAAACCUUGCUUUCGUAUGAACACUCAGCAGAAAAGUACUUAACUUCUUGCCAGUUAUCUAUUAACAAAAACCUUUGAUUUGUAGUUUUAAAGAUUAACCCUCAAAGUUCUCUUCAUAACUGCCUUGACAUUUUGGGUUGUUCUGUUAAUUUUCUUUUGCUUUUUUUGUGUUUUUUGUUUGUUUUUACUUUUGCAUUUAAGACCAUUAAAUUUGAUUUUGUUUUGCUCGAA